GAUUUAAUGGCGGCAAAAGAUAUGAAUGAGUCCACGUUCUCCAUGUUAUAUUUUUUCAAUGGCGGCAACACUAUUAAAGAUCCGAUGACCGAUGAUGCAAGUAAACAAAUCAGAUAAUGCAUUCAAUUUCAGAACGUUUUACGUCACUCUUCGCGAAAAACGGUGGCUAGACUCGGAGGUCGUCAUCAAUUGACACUUGUGAUUUAUUGUUUUAAACAAACGGACAAGUUCUCUUUAUCGGGAUCAGAAUGAGCGUGAAGCAGUACAUCCACCCAAGGAACAAGUACAAACAACCACCAGAUUACAAGCAACUUGCGAUCUUGUAUCCGGAGUUUCGUGAAAUCGCGAAGAUGGUACUACGAUAUUCUCGACAAUGACCUUACAGGAAAGAUCAGGAUCAACUUCAAAGAAAGAAAGAGCUUACAUGUGCUUACUGAAACGCUUCUGAAGCACGAUUUUGAUUUGCACGUGACCAUUCCUGCUGACAAUCUUAAUCCUGCAAUCCCACUGCGCUUGAAUUAUAUUUUAUGGAUAGAAGACUUGAUGGUUCACUCCAAAUUAGAAAUGGACAAGGUUACAGGCAUUGAUAUAGGAACAGGAGCAGUUUGUAUAUAUGCUCUACUAUUGACAAAAAUUUACAAAUGUCAAAUGAUUGGCACAGAAGUGAAUAAGGGGAGUGUGGAGCAUGCCCAAGAAUGUGUAAGAAAAAACAAAUUGCAGGAUUUAAUUGAAAUAAUUACAGUGAACUCCGAAAAAAUUUUUAAGGAUGUGGUGUGGGAAGACAGAACUUACGAUUUCUCGCUGUGCAAUCCGCCGUUUUUUGAAAGCGAGAAUGACGACUUCGAAAAAGUCGCGAAGGCCUUACCACCGAGAAACGCGCCCACCGGAAACGAUGGCGAACUGAAAAUCGAAGGAGGCGAAGUGGGCUUUGUGACGAGGAUGAUCGAAGAGAGCGUCGAAGUGAAAGAUCGAAUAAAGAUUUACAGCACAAUGAUCGGCAAGAAAGCCAACUUGGUCAAUUUGAAACGAUUGCUAAGAUCAAAAGAUAUAAAAAAUAUAACAUGGACGGAAUUCUGUCAGGGUCAUACAACACGAUGGGGUUUGGCUUGGAGCUUCUUACCACAAAAUGUUGUGAACUUGACUACAGCACCUGUUAUCAGAAAACGUGGAAAGUCUAUAGUACGAUCGUUAAAGAAUUACAAAACUUCAAUAACAUUUCCUGUGAAGGAUAAAUUUUCUUGCCUAGACGAUGUAGUUAGUUUUUUGAGAGCAACGGCGGAAGAAUUAAACGUGAAAUUGCAAGACGUACCUAUUCCUGAAGAUAGUUUCGACAGCUGGGUGUGUCAAAUAACUGCUAAAGAAAGAUCAUGGGAACAUAUGCGCAGGAAACGGCGUUUAGCGCAACAAGCCGCAUUAAAAAGAGCGAAAGGUGAAGACGGUGAAUGUAGUGGAGCGAAUAUGCAUACUAAAGAAACUUCACUUAAAAUUGGAAAUGAUACGAAAAAUUCACAUGGAGAAAGUUCUGAUAAAGAAGAAUUAUCUGACAAAGACAGUCCCUUACUUAUCUGCAAACUCUGGGUAGAGAUUGAAAGCCUUGACGAGUCUCAGAAUGUAAUUACGAAACCUGAAGAGGUAUUUAAGAUAUGGAUGAUUUUUGACAAUGGGUCUGGCGGUUUAGACGCACUACAUUCGCUGCAACAAUAUUUAAUAAACAAAUUGGGAGUAAGGCAGAAGAUUCUGAACAAUUCUUCAAAGAUUAAGAAAAAGAAAAAAAAGCUUAAAAAAGAACGCUAAUGAAAGAAUCGUUACUUCAGUCAUAGUCUAGAAGGUAGAAAUGGUUCAGUGAAUAACAAACAGGAUGCAGAAAAUUCUCUGAAGGUUCUUAAUUAGAUCACUGUGUUACAUAUAAAACAAUUUAUUCCAUGCAACAUGAUAAAGAAAGUCUGUAACAGGAUAAUAUAUGUAAAUCAAGUUCGUAA